AUGUCAAGAAAGGGUUUCUGGCAAAAACACACAUCUAGCGUCCCUGGCAGUAUUAAGGCAGUCGAUUCUAAUAGAGGACUGACUACUGUUGUUCUUGGAGGGCAGUACUCUUAUGGUGAUUUCAUAAACACCGAUGCUGAUAGUAAUAUAUUACAAUCUCAAUUGCCUACUUCAAUGCAUAUUUCCACUCGGUCUGUAUCGCCCAAUCCAUCUCCCCAUAAUUUCUCGGAAUAUCUCUCGUCCACCAACGAUGUUUGGAAUGACAGAUCAGAUGACGAAGAUCUUCCCGUUGAUUUCUCGGAAGGAAGUGAUCUGAGAAAUGACAAAAAGAGUAGUGCAUUCAAGUCGGAGUCUUAUAAAAAGGAUACCGACAGUAGUUCUAGUGGAAUUCAGACUAUUAUCAACUCUGAUGGCGUCAAGGCAGAAGUUAAGCAAAUUGUAGAAGAUCCAAUGAAUUUAAUCAAAUUUAUUAAUUCAAUAAAAAUGUCGCCUGAGGAUCUUGAAAGGCAGAGUGAUGCCGAAAUAUUAGACAUUAAUGCACGUAUUACAAAAUUUAAUAAAUUCAAAGACGUCCUCCAGAGUCCGAACGUGGAUUUGGUUGCUUUACGUAAUUUAAGUUGGUCUGGUAUACCAGAUGAGUUGAGACCCGUAGCAUGGCAACUGCUUCUCGGUUAUUUGCCUUGUAAUUCAGACAGAAGAGUCGCUACGCUAGCUCGCAAACGCAAAGAAUAUGAAGACAGUGUAUCACAGGCGUAUGCUAAGGAUACCGCAAUUAUUAUACACCUUUUGUUAUUAAUACUGAUGGCUGAAGUUGAUAAUCAGAUUCACAUAGAUGUUCCGAGAACCAAUCCUGGGAUAGCUUUAUACCAAUAUGAGACGACGCAGCAGUGUCUAGAACGUAUCCUUUAUGUGUGGGCAAUACGGCAUCCUGCUAGUGGAUAUGUACAGGGUAUCAAUGAUCUUGUCACUCCGUUUUUUCAAGUUUUCUUGUCUGCGUAUAUAGAUGCCGAUCCAUCAACGUACGACGUUAGCAAACUACCCGAGGACGUAUUGAACGUAAUCGAGGCAGACUGCUUCUGGAGUUUAUCCAAACUGUUGGAUGGGAUUCAAGAUAACUAUACAUUCGCACAACCUGGCAUACAAAGACAGAUAAUGAAACUCAAAGAACUGAUCAAUAGAAUAGAUGCUCCACUAGCAGCACAUCUCCAAGAGGAAGGUAUAGAGUUUAUCCAAUUUACAUUUAGAUGGAUGAACUGCUUGCUUAUGAGAGAGAUGUCACUCAAGAAUACGAUACGCAUGUGGGAUACGUAUAUGGCUGAGGGACCAGAAGGAUUUUCCGAGUUUCAUCUAUAUGUCUGCGCUGCAUUCCUUCAUAAAUGGUCAGACCAAUUGAGAUCAAUGGACUUUCAGGGAAUAAUGAUGUUUCUUCAAUCGCUUCCUACUUCUCAUUGGACGGAAAAAGACAUCGAAAUGCUGCUUUCUCAGGCAUUUGUAUGGAAGAUGCUUCAAGAUCAAGCGCAUUGUGCUACCUUUCGGACUUCUAAGAUGAAUAGUAUUCGGGGAGUUCUCAUAGACCUUUCAGGAACAUUGCAUGUUGGCGGUGUAGCAUGUGAGGGUGCUGUGGAAGGGUUGAAGCGACUACGUCUGGCGAACGUACCAUUUCGCUUUUGCACCAAUACAACCAAAGAAAGUUGUGAAAAAUUACUGAAAAAAUUAACAGGACUUGGUUUCGAAAUCCAUAAAAAUGAGAUAUUCACAUCUCUUAUCGCGUGUAGAAACUUGGUACAAUCGCGUAAAUUGAGGCCAAUGUUGUUUCUCGAGGAAGCAGCAAUGGAAGAUUUUAAAGAAAUUGACACAUCCAAGCCGAAUGACUCGGUGGUUGUUGGAUUGUCCCCAUCAAAAUUUAACUAUGAAAAGUUGAAUGCAGCUUUCCGGAUUCUAAUAUCCAAUCCGGACGCCCCGCUAAUUGCAAUCCACAAGGGCAAAUACUUUGCUGAAAACGACGGUCUAUCCCUCGGACCUGGUGCAUUUGUCGAAGCACUAGAAUACUCAGCCAAUGUGAAAUCAACCAUUGUUGGUAAACCCGAGAGAAGCUUUUAUGAACUAGCGUUAAAAGAUAUGGGACUGUUACAUGAGAGCGAAAGAGUUGUGAUGAUUGGUGAUGAUAUUUUGCAAGACCUCGGAGGUGGUGCCCGAGAAUUGGGAUUGAUUCGAUUUCUGGUUAGGACGGGAAAGUAUAGACCAGAUGAUGAACAGAAAGAUGGCAGUAUUAAUGGUGUAUUUGAUAAUUUCGGAGAGGCCGUUGAUAGGAUUUUAAAAGGUCUAGAGCAACUAAUUCGUGAAAAUAAGGAGUUACGAGAGUGGGAACUCACUCCAUGGAGCGAAGAUCCGCACGAAUGUAGAUACGAUGAUAAGCCCCAUGUUUAUGAAUAG